AUGACGACAGAUCUCCCGCCGUACUUCUCGCCCAAACGCAAACGAGAACCCUCUGAGUCCGACUACUACAGCCCAUCACCAUCCCCGACGUCAGUAGUCUCUAUCGGGAGUCCGCAGGAAACUAGGUUUCGGGAGGAGGAGGUUGGACGCCACAGCCCUCGAGCCGCCGUGGCGGGUCGAUUUGGAGAACUUGCGAUUCGAGGUGAACGUCUCACAACCCUGGGGCGGCAAAAUGCAGCUCUGCAGCCCGAGCCAACUAGACCGCCAGAACAACGGCUAGGUGCCGCUGGAAAACCCAAAAAUAUGCCUGGCUAUCAGCCGGCACUUGAACUGCCCCCAACUUCAAACGAUACCCCCACCGCGGCUGUGUCUCCCUCCAGAAGAAGAUCCACGCAACCGCGCAAACAGCUUCAACCUAGAUCCCCCUCCAAAACCCGCAAGCAACGAAUGUCGCCCCCUCCUUCUGAAACUUCAAAGGAAGACCCUUUCACCUGGCACGAUUAUGAGAUAACGGGACAUGAUCCCACAGAUCCCACAGAUGAUGGCUAUGGAAUCAACGGUAUAGGCUUCAGGCCUACUGCGGCGAUUGCGUGGGCACGGUCUCAAAAGCGACAGAAACAAGUGACCGAAUGGAAGAACCGUGAAGCACGGGAAGCUCGGGGGAAGCGAAGAGAACGACGACAUGAGAGCGGAGGCCUGGAAAGAAUCCACAGUAUCCAACAAGGUUCCGUUCCGAAGCGUGUGAAAUUUGAUGUUUCAGCCGAAACAUCCAGCAGGGAUCUAUCCCCGCCAUAG